GUGGGCACCCUGAGGACGCUGCAGCCUGGGUGUCUGGAAGGAGGCGCGGGGUGGGGCUGGGGAAACCUGGCGAGGGUCCGACCCGCGGUGUUCUCCCCCCACCCCUAGGCUCAGGCGGGGAAGGGGCUCUUGGAACUACCGGGCGGACAAGAUGACUUUUGUGCCCCGGCUUUGGGCUUGGAACAGCUGAAGGCGUCGACCCUGCAAGAUGAGAACAACCAAAGUGUACAAACUAGUCAUCCACAAGAAGGGCUUUGGGGGCAGCGAUGAUGAGCUGGUUGUGAACCCCAAGGUGUUUCCUCACAUCAAGCUUGGAGACAUCGUAGAGAUUGCUCACCCUAAUGACGAACACAGCCCUCUGCUUCUGCAGGUUAAAUCGCUCAAGGAAGAUUUGCAGAAAGAAACUAUCAGUGUGGACCAGACUGUGACUCAAGUGUUCCGGCUAAGAGCUUACCAGGAUGUUUAUGUGAAUGUAGUAGACCCUAAGGAUGUGACUCUUGACCUAGUGGAAUUAACUUUUAAGGAUCAGUAUAUUGGCCGUGGAGAUAUGUGGCGACUGAAGAAAAGUUUGGUCAGCACAUGUGCCUAUAUUACCCAGAAGGUAGAAUUUGCUGGCAUCAGGGCACAGGCUGGUGAGCUGUGGGUCAAGAAUGAGAAGGUCAUGUGUGGUUACAUCAGCGAAGAUACCCGGGUGGUGUUCCGUUCUACAUCAGCAAUGGUUUACAUAUUUAUUCAGAUGAGCUGUGAAAUGUGGGAUUUUGAUAUUUAUGGGGAUCUGUAUUUUGAGAAAGCUGUGAAUGGUUUCCUUGCCGAUCUAUUUACCAAGUGGAAGGAGAAGAACUGCAGUCAUGAAGUGACAGUGGUCCUGUUUUCCAGAACUUUCUAUGAUGCAAAAUCUACUGAUGAAUUUCCUGAAGUAAACCGAGCCUCAAUCAGACAGGAUCAUAAGGGACGGUUUUAUGAAGACUUUUACAAAGUGGUGGUACAGAAUGAGAGAAGAGAAGAGUGGACUUCACUCCUGGUGACCAUUAAAAAGCUCUUCAUCCAGUAUCCAGUGUUGGUGCGACUGGAACAGGCAGAGGGCUUUCCUCAAGGAGACAAUUCUACCUCAGCACAAGGAAACUACCUAGAGGCCAUCAACCUAUCAUUUAAUGUGUUUGACAAACACUACAUCAACCGCAACUUUGACCGAACUGGGCAGAUGUCAGUGGUGAUCACACCCGGCGUGGGUGUCUUUGAAGUGGACCGUCUGCUCAUGAUCUUGACCAAGCAGCGGAUGAUAGAUAACGGAAUUGGUGUGGACUUGGUGUGCAUGGGAGAGCAACCAUUACACGCUGUCCCAUUGUUCAAGCUACAUAAUCGGAGUGCCCCUUGUGAUUCUCGUCUGGGUGAUGACUAUAAUAUUCCUCACUGGAUAAACCACAGUUUCUACACCUCCAAAAGCCAGCUUUUCUGCAACAGUUUCACCCCACGAAUAAAAUUGGCAGGAAAGAAGUCUGCCUCCGAGAAAGCAAAAAAUGGCCGUGAUACAUCUCUCGGGACACCAAAGGAAUCUGAGAACGCCCUUCCUAUCCAAGUAGACUACGAUGCCUAUGACGCACAAGUGUUCAGGCUGCCCGGCCCAUCACGGGCUCAGCGCCUCGCCACCUGCAGGGCCGUGCGGGAGCGUGAGAGUCACAGUCGAAAGAGUGCCAGCUCCUGUGAUGUGUCCUCCAGCCCCUCCCUGCCAAGUCGGGCACUGCCCACCGAGGAAGUGAGGAGCCAGGCUUCUGACGACAGCUCCCUGGGCAAGAGCGCCAACAUCCUGAUGAUCCCGCACCCCCACCUGCACCAGUAUGAAGUCAGCAGCUCACUGGGCUACACCAGCACUCGAGACGUUCUGGAAAACAUGAUGGAGCCGCCGCAGCGAGACUCCAGCGCCCCCGGAAGGUUCCACGUGGGCAGUGCGGAGUCCAUGCUCCAUGUGCGACCUGGUGGAUACACACCGCAGCGAGCGCUGAUUAACCCCUUUGCCCCCUCUCGAAUGCCCAUGAAACUCACCUCCAACCGAAGGCGCUGGAUGCACACGUUCCCUGUGGGACCGUCGGGGGAGGCCAUCCAAAUCCAUCACCAGACCCGACAGAAUAUGGUGGAGCUGCAAGGCAGCGGGCAGAGGGACCCUGCUCACUCCUCCGCAGAGCUGCUAGAGUUGGCAUAUCAUGAAGCUGCUGGAAGGCACAGCACGUCCCACCAGCCUGGUGAGAGCCUGUCCUUCCUGAGCUUCAGUGGAACAGAAGAGCUUCCUGCUAGCCUGCUUAGCAACAGUGGCUCAGGUAUAAAUCCUAGGACCCAGAAUAAGGAUUCUUUAGAGGCCAGUGUUUCUACCUCUGCAGACCCAAUUCUGACACUGUCUGCUCCCCCUGUAGUGCCAGGCUUCUGUUGCACAGUUGGAGUGGACUGGAAGUCUCUUACUACUCCGGCAUGCCUCCCCCUCACCACCGACUACUUCCCUGACCGCCAGGCCCUGCAGAACGACUACACAGAGGGCUGUUACGAUCUUCUCCCAGAGGCAGACAUUGACAGGAGGGAUGAGGAAGGUGUGCAGAUGACGGCCCAGCAGGUGUUUGAAGAAUUCAUUUGCCAGCGCCUCAUGCAAGGCUACCAAAUCAUAGUGCAGCCCAAAGCACAGAAGCCCAGCCCUGCUGUCCCACCCCCGCUGAGCAGCAGCCCCCUCUAUAGCCGAGGCCUUGUGUCUCGAAGCCGCCCUGAGGAGGAGGAUCAGUAUUGGCUGAGUAUGGGCAGAACUUUCCACAAAGUGACGCUGAAGGACAAGAUGAUCACAGUGACACGGUACCUUCCCAAGUACCCUUAUGAAUCCGCCCAGAUCCACUAUACCUACAGCCUCUGCCCUUCACACUCGGACUCCGAGUUUGUCUCCUGUUGGGUGGAGUUCUCCCACGAGCGGCUCGAGGAGUACAAGUGGAACUACCUGGAUCAGUACAUCUGCUCUGCCGGCUCCGAGGACUUCAGCUUAAUUGAGUCUCUGAAGUUCUGGAGGACCCGCUUCCUACUGCUGCCAGCCUGCGUGACUGCCACCAAACGGAUCACAGAGGGGGAGGUCCACUGCGACAUCUACGGGGACAGGCCCCGGGCAGACGAGGAUGAGUGGCAGCUCCUCGAUGGCUUCAUCCGCUUUGUGGAGGGCUUGAACCGGAUCCGCAGGCGGCAUCGCUCAGAUCGCAUGAUGCGGAAAGGGGCCGCCAUGAAGGGCUUACAGAUGACUGGGCCCAUUACCACCCAUUCCCUCGAGGCGACGGGGCCCCCAGUCGGAAAGAAGGGAACCUCAGCUCUGUCAGCCCUGCUGGAGAUGGAGGCCAGUCAGAAGUGCCUGGGAGAACAGCAGGUGGCCGUGCUUGGUGGGAAGAGUACCGCCCAGUCAGCCGAGAGCAGUACCGUUGCCAUGACUCCCACCUACGUGGACAGCCCACGAAAGGACGGGGCCUUCUUUAUGGAGUUUGUCCGCAGCCCACGCACAGCGUCAUCAGCCUUCUACCCUCAGGUAUCUCUGGACCAAACAGCCCCUCCAGUGUUGGACGGCAGCAGUUUGGGGAUAAGCAUGGGCCAGUCUGUAGACAGAGGCAACAGUCAGACCUUUGGGAACUCCCAGAAUGCGGGAGAACAGGGCUUCCCCUCUACAAACUCCAGUGACAACAGCAGCUUGCAGCAGCAGGCAGCCAGCUCCUUGACCUCGUCCUCCACCCUGGCGGAGAUCCUGGAAGCCAUGAAGCACCCCUCGACAGGAGUCCAGCUGCUCUCGGAGCAGAAGGGCCUCUCGCCGUGCUGCUUCAUCAGUGCCGAGGUGGUGCACUGGCUGGUGAACAACGUGGAGGGCGUCCAGACACAGGCCAUGGCCAUCGACAUCAUGCAGAAAAUGCUGGAAGAGCAGCUGAUCACACACGCAUCUGGUGAAGCCUGGCGGACCUUCAUCUAUGGCUUCUACUUCUACAAGAUCGUCAUGGACAAAGAGCCCGACCGAGUGGCCAUGCAGCAGCCCGCUCCCACUUGGCACACGGCAGGGGUGGAUGAUUUCGCCAGCUUCCAGCGCAAGUGGUUUGAGGUGGCCUUUGUGGCAGAAGAGCUCCUGCACUCGGAGAUUCCUGCCUUCCUCCUGCCCUGGCUGCCCAGCCGGCCAGCCUCCUACGCGAGCAGGCACAGCUCCUUUAGCCGCAGUUUCGGAGGACGGAGCCAGGCAGCUGCACUCUUAGCCGCCACCGUCCCGGAGCAGAGGACUGUGACGCUGGACGUGGAUGUGAACAACCGCACGGACCGGCUGGAGUGGUGCAGCUGCUAUUACCAUGGCAACUUCUCCCUGAACGCUGCCUUCGAGAUCAAGCUGCACUGGAUGGCCGUGACCGCCGCCGUGCUCUUCGAGAUGGUCCAAGGCUGGCAUCGGAAGGCCACCUCCUGCGGCUUCCUGUUGGUCCCAGUUUUAGAGGGUCCUUUUGCACUGCCCAGUUACCUGUACGGCGACCCUCUUCGAGCCCAGCUCUUCAUCCCGCUCAACAUCAGCUGCUUGCUCAAGGAAGGCAGUGAGCACCUGUUUGACAGCUUUGAACCUGAAACCUACUGGGAUCGGAUGCAUCUGUUCCAAGAAGCCAUUGCACACAGGUUUGGGUUUGUACAAGAUAAGUAUUCCGCCUCUGCUUUCAACUUCCCUGCUGAGAACAAGCCCCAGUAUAUCCACGUCACAGGAACUGUCUUCCUCCAGCUGCCCUACUCCAAACGCAAGUUCUCGGGCCAGCAGCGGCGCCGGCGCAACUCCACCAGCUCCACUAACCAGAAUAUGUUCUGCGAGGAGCGUGUUGGCUACAACUGGGCCUACAACACCAUGCUGACCAAGACGUGGCGCUCCAGCGCCACAGGCGACGAGAAGUUUGCCGACCGGUUACUGAAGGACUUCACUGACUUCUGUGUCAACCGCGACAACCGGCUGGUUACGUUCUGGACGCACUGUCUGGAGAAGAUGCACGCUAGUGCCCCGUGAGGUCAAGCUGCACCUGCAUGAGAAGGCCGUGUCCACGCUGGGGCAGGGAGAGAGCGUCCACCCCGUAACCCAGGGUGCCGGUUAGGCUCUAGGCAUCUGGUGUCAUUUGCUGUCAGUGAUUAGGGGUCUUUGCCGUCCAGCCACCAUGCAACAUUGUGGAAGCAGUGGCUAACACUGCUGCCACCCAAAUCAUGCCAAGCAAAGCUCCCAGAGCAGAUAGGCAGCACGGAUCGCCGGUAGGAUGGCCUGGGGCUUUGAGGAACAGGGA